CGCCGCCCAUCCACCCCAGUGCCUCCUCCCGGCGUCCGCUACUCCAGCACCCCCCCCCACGGCACUCGGCCGUGCCGCAUCCAGGCCUCCCUCCCUCCCUCCCUCUCCCUCUCCUCCCGGGCUUCCUGCAUCCAGGAGAAGGGCGUCCGCUCCAGUUGGCAGCAGUAGGUAUCCCUUGCCGGCGGCGGCGGGGAGCCGGCCAUGGCGACUAAGCAGCCGGCCGCUUCGACAUCCGGCGCGGCCAUGUCCAUGAAGGAGUACCUCAAGAGGUACCAAUCCGACGACGCCCAGGGCAAGGCCAAGAAGAAGAAGAAGAAGCCCAAGCCCGCGGCCGCCUCCGCCGGGGGAGGGGGAGGGGUGCUCAUCGUCGAUGAGGACCCGACGUGGCAGAAGCCCGUGCAGAUCGAGGAGGAGCCCCCGUCGUCCGGGGAUGAGAAGCCGCUGGUUGAUGAGGACAUCGAGGUCAAGCGGAUGCGACGCCUGGAGGCCAUACGUGCGGCGCGGCCGUACAAUGCUAUCGCUGAGGACGGCAGUGGGUGGGUCACCGUUGCCGCCCCAGAGGAGCCCAAUGGCUGCCGCCGCCGAAAUGACACGCCCUCACCAGAGCGUGGGGGUGCUGGAAGGAAGGAUCUGUCUCCUCCACGGCGGAGGCAGCGCCAGGAUACACCCUCGCCUGACCCUAGAGACGCUGUGGGUAAGGAUCUGUCGCCACCGAGGCAGAGACGAAAACGACAAGACACACCGUCGCCAAAGGGCAAUGAGAUAGCAGCACAGGAUGAUUUGUCACCACCGCGGAAGUCUAGGCAGCAACAGGACUCCUCUCCUCCACGCAGACUUGCUCGCCAUGACUCCGAGGAUCCCCAGGACCUUUCACCACCUCGGAGACGUACAAGGCAUGAUUCAGAGGAGCCACAGGACCUCUCGCCACCACGGAGGCGCGUGAGGCAUGACUCGGAGGAGCCAAAAGACCUCUCGCCACCACGGAGACGCGUGAGGCAUGACUCGGAAGAGCCCAAAGACCUCUCGCCACCACGGAGACGCACGAGGCAUGACUCUGAGGAGCCCAAAGACCUCUCGCCACCAAGGAGGCGCACGAGGCAUGACUCGGAGGAGCCCAAAGACCUCUCGCCACCUUGUAGACGAAUGCGUCAUGGCUCUCAUGAGCCCAAGGACAAAUUGCCGCGACAGAAACGGCAGUCUUUAGAUAAGAGCCUUGAUGAUGGAGACAUUUCACCACCAAGGAAGAGUAAGAAGGAAGUACCUCCGAAGGAUGUUAGGAGAGCUGGGCUGAUGACAGCAGAGGAAGUUAAAGAGGAUAUCAGGAAGAUUAAGGAGGAUGAGAGGCUCAAGUUUGCUGCACAGGAUCCCUCAAUGAUUGGGAAAGGGGCAAAAGCAGUAUUCCGAGAUAAACAAGGAAAACGGAUAAGUGAAGAAGAUAUGAAGAAGGCAAAGGAAGACACGAAACCAAAGGAAAUACAUAUAGAAUGGGGUAAAGGGUUGGUGCAGAAGCGAGAAGCUGAGGCUAGAUUACAUGAGCUUGAAGCUGAGAAGAGUAAGCCAUUUGCACGGACAAGGGAUGACCCUGAGCUUGACACCAUGCUAAAAAAUAGAAUCCGCUGGGGUGAUCCUAUGGCUCAUCUUGUCAAGAGAAAUGAUACCGACCUCCUUCUGGAGGACUUGGGAGACAAUGAAAAGAUGAAAGAAUCUGGCUUCAUAGUUCCCCAAAAUAUACCUAGUCACAGCUGGCUGAAACGUGGUGUAGAUCCUCCUCCAAACCGAUAUGGCAUAAAACCUGGUCGUCACUGGGACGGGGUGGAUCGCAGCAAUGGAUUUGAGAAAGAUAUGUUUAAGCUAAAGAACGAGAAGCAAGCAACGGAGCAAGAGGCUUACCUAUGGUCUGUCUCAGAUAUGUGAACCACUGAACUGCUGCUGUUCAAAGCCAAGGAGGCUUGUGUGUCUUGUUUGAUGGAAGUGUGGCUGUACUACUAUAACGUGCUUGGAAGGAAGCAAAGCCUCUGGCGUAAUGCCAUCAGCGGAAAACUGAAUAGCACUAUGGGCUUGGAAACUCAAAUGUAGUAUAACUUUUGCUGUGCCUUUAUUGAAAUAUUUUGGGCAUUUUCCAUUAGCCACUUUUAAACAUUUUGUAACAUCGAUGAAUAUCUUUACUCGGAAUGAGAGGUUGAUGAUCAUUUAUAGAAAAAAAUGCAUUAUACGCAGAUCUGUAUGUGUAGAUGGUAGUCAGGCACAAAGUUUUACCGGUGAGAAUUUUCUGUUCUGCAAUUUUUAAACAUAUCGUGGUAUAUGUGUCUGCACUGCCUCCGU